AUGCAUGUCAUCUCAUGGCUGGCCGGACUCGGCCGCACCGAGUCGGUGGACGACUAUGCUGGAGUCCUGGUUUCUUUAGAAGAUGCCCAUCUUCACAGCCACUCGGCAAGGGUUGGACGGGUUGAGUUUGAAGCGCAGGACGACAACCCAGAGGAUGAUGAUGAUGAUGAUGAUGAUGAUGAUGAUGAUGACGAGGUGGAUUCGGCAAAGGACGACCAGGGAGAGGGCAUGUUGCUCAUGAAUGCUGCCGAGUACACCAUCGAGGGGCUGAGGGCGGAGAUGAGGCAGGGCAAGAGGGGGAAAUGGACAGACUACGAGAUCAAAUCGAAGCUCAUCAACAAGGCGAUCCAAGACAUUGGCAUGGGCCGGUACAACUGGCAGCUCUUUAUACUGUGUGGCUUCGGCUGGUUUGCUGACAAUCUAUGGUUACAGGGCGUCUCGCUGACCUUGCCAUCCUUAUCAGCCGAGUUUGACAUACCGGAAAAGACUGUGAGGUAUACAACAAGCUCCUGCUUUAUCGGCCUCUCCCUGGGUAGUUUUCUCUGGGGUAUUGGAUCCGACCUCGUCGGCCGCCGGAUUGCAUUCAACAUGACGCUCUUCAUCACGAGCAUCUUUGGCAUUCUGGCUGCGUACGGCCAAAGCUGGGGGGCCGUAUGCUUCCUCUACGGCGCAUUUGGCUUCGGCGUUGGAGGAAAUCUGCCAGUCGACGGCGCCUUGUUCCUCGAGUUUCUGCCGGAUGCCUCCAGCUCGCUGCUGACGCUCCUGUCCGUGUGGUGGCCCAUCGGACAGCUGGUGUCUUCGCUUGUCGCCUGGUUCUUCAUCGCCCAGUGGCCCGUCGACAUUGGCUGGCGAUACUUUAUCUUGACCAUUGGCAUCAUCACAUUUGCCAUGUUCUGCAUCCGCUUCUUCCUCUUCCGCAUGUUCGAGUCGCCCAAGUUCCUCCUUAAUCAAGGCCGCCAGCAUGAGGCGGUUGCUGUCGUUCACGGUAUCGCCUCUCGAAACGGCGCCAAGACGUGGCUCACUUCGGAGAUUCUCGAUCUGGUUGCGGCAGAGGAUCCAGAGCAGUCCAGUCGUGUUGCUCGUCGGUAUUCCGUGUCUUCGGCACCGCGGUCCAACAUCUUCAAGGAGAAGCUCAGAGCCCUCUCGGCCGACCGACUGCGGCCGCUAUUCCAGACCAAGACCCUGGCUGUCGCAACCUCUCUGGUGUGGUUCUGCUGGGCAACGAUAGGAAUGGGAUAUCCGCUCUUCAACGCCUUCCUACCCCAAUACCUUUCUCAUCACGACUCGGAUUCGGGCAGCGAGGCACUACAGUCCGAAACCUCGAAAAUAUCCGGCGUCACUUACCGCAACUAUGCCAUCACCUCCAUCAUGGGCGUCCCCGGCAGUCUCCUAGCCGCGUACCUCGUCGACCACCCAUCUCCCUUCCUCGGUCGUCGCGGAACGCUGGCCAGCUCCACGCUCGUCUCGGCAAUAUUCCUCUUCAUCUUCGCAGCGUACGGCACCACGCCCACCGCCCAGCUCAUCUUCUCCUGCAUCGAAGCGUUUGCCCAGAACAUCAUGUACGGCGUCUUGUAUGCUUUCACGCCGGAAAUCUUCCCUGCCCCCGUUAGAGGCGCGGGCACAGGUGUGGCGAGUUUCCUCAACCGACUGACGGGCUUGAUGGCGCCAAUUCUGGCGGCGAAUAUCCCUGGCGACGGCUCGACCACGCCGAUAUACAUGUCUGCCAUCUUGAUCUUGGCCGCGUUUGUGGCCAUGUGUCUCAUUCCAAUCGAGACUCGGGGUGCACAGCGGUUAUAG